ACAGAAACAGCUCUCCUCUCCGUCUCAGCCUGCUUGAGCGGACGGGGGAGGAGAUAGGAGCUGGUUGGUGGGUGAGCUGGAGGGAGAUCUGGAUGAACCAGGCAUUGCUGCAGAGGAGCCCCGGCAGGCAGGGCUGCUGAGCUCAGUAUGGAGGAUCUGUAUCACUCUUACAGCCGGAGUCCCGUCUGGGAAGAACUGGAAUCGGAGAAGGUGGCGGCCGGGGCGAUGGCGGGCCCUGGGGCCGGAGCUCCGCAACAGCAGCAGCAGGCGACCGGAGGCGGCCCGGGAGCUGCCGGGGACGAGUCCUCAGACAGCGAAGGGGAGCACGAGGGGCCGCAGAAACUCAUCAGGAAAGUGUCAACCUCCGGCCAGAUCAGGAGCAAGACAAGUAUAAAAGAAGGAUUUUUACUGAAGCAAACCAGCUCGUUUCAGCGUUGGAAAAGGAGAUACUUCAAGCUGCGGGGAAGGACUCUUUACUAUGCCAAGGAUUCAAAGUCUCUCAUUUUUGAUGAAGUUGACCUGUCUGAUGCCAGCGUUGCAGAGUCCAGCACAAAAAACGUCAACAACAGCUUCACGGUAAUUACACCAUUCAGAAGACUGAUUCUUUGUGCUGAGAACAGAAAGGAAAUGGAAGACUGGAUCUCUUCAUUAAAAUCUGUGCAGAGUAGAGAACACUAUGAGACUGCACAGUUUAACGUGGAGCAUUUCUCAGGGAUGCAUAACUGGUACGCCUGUUCCCAUGCCCGACCUACAUUCUGCAAUGUUUGCCGAGAAAGUCUAUCUGGCGUCACUUCUCAUGGACUUUCCUGUGAAGUUUGUAAGUUCAAAGCCCACAAGAGGUGUGCUGUGAGGGCAAUCAGUAACUGCAAAUGGACAACCCUGGCGUCAAUUGGAAAAGAUAUCAUCGAGGAUGAGGAUGGGAUUGCCAUGCCUCAUCAGUGGUUAGAAGGUAACCUGCCUGUUAGUGCCAAAUGCGCUGUGUGUGACAAGACAUGUGGCAGUGUUCUCCGACUGCAAGACUGGAGAUGUCUCUGGUGCAAAGCCAUGGUUCACACGGCUUGCAAGGAACUGUAUCCUCGAAAAUGUCCUCUGGGCCAGUGCAAAGUGUCCAUCAUUCCGCCCACUGCACUGAACAGCAUUGAUUCUGAUGGUUUCUGGAAAGCCAGUUGUCCACCAUCUUGCGCCAGCCCACUUUUAGUAUUUGUCAACUCUAAGAGCGGAGACAAUCAGGGAGUAAAGUUCCUCCGAAGGUUCAAACAGUUAUUAAACCCAGCUCAGGUCUUUGAUCUUAUGAAUGGAGGUCCUCAUCUUGGUUUACGGUUGUUUCAGAAAUUUGACAAUUUCCGUAUUCUGGUUUGUGGAGGAGAUGGAAGUGUUGGAUGGGUUUUAUCUGAGAUUGAUAAAUUAAAUCUACACAAGCAGUGCCAGCUUGGAGUUCUGCCACUCGGAACAGGAAAUGAUCUAGCACGGGUCCUUGGCUGGGGCGGCUCGUGUGAUGAUGACACACAACUGCCACAGAUUUUGGAAAAAUUGGAAAGAGCCAGCACCAAAAUGUUAGACAGAUGGAGCAUUAUGACGUAUGAAAUAAAAAUACCGCCGAAACAUGCCCUGGCAGUGACCCCAGAGGAGGAUGCUGAGGAAUCCCAAUUGCAGAUAUCAGCCUAUGAGGAUUCAGUUGCUGCUCACCUCACCAAAAUCCUCAACUCUGACCAACACUCGGUUGUAAUAUCGUCUGCCAAAAUCCUGUGCGAGACUGUGAAGGACUUUGUUGCCAAAGUUGGCAAAUCAUAUGAAAAGACCAACGAAAAUACAGAAGAGAGUGAAACACUGACCAACAAAUGCUCAGUGCUAAACGAGAAGCUGGAUUCGCUGCUGCAGGCUCUGAAUGAUGAAUCGCAGGCCAUGACCAGCCACCACUCUGCGACACCACUCAUUGCAGAGGAGGAAGGAGAGGAAGAGGAAUUUAGUGAGGAGUCCUCAUCUGAGAGCAAAGAGCAGGCACUGGAAAUGAUUUCAGCUAGGUCUUCCACGCAAAAGUUCUUCAAACCAAGGGAACAGCUUAUGCUUCGGGCAAACAGUCUGAAGAAAGCAGUGAGGCAAAUCAUCGAACAAGCAGAGAAAGUUGUGGAUGAACAGAAUGCACACACUCAACAACAGGUUGAAGUGGAGCUGAAAAAGGAAAUUGAGGAGCACUUGAAGGAAGAGGAGGAAGAGGAGGAGAAGGAGGAGGAUGAGACCAAAGAACCUGACAUUCAAACAGCUCUGCAGUCUGCGCAAAGAUCCCCUCCAGAGAGACGAAUCCAUCGUACUACCACUUCAUACACUGGUCCAUUCACAACUUCACAAUUGACCGCAAGCAAAGAAAAUCUCCCAGUUCUGAACACUCGGAUCAUCUGCCCAGGUUUGCGAGCUGGACUUGCUGCCUCCAUUGCUGGAAGCUCGAUCAUCAGCAAAAUGUUACUUGCAAACAUUGAUCCUUUUGGAGCGACACCAUUCAUUGACCCUGACCCAGAUUCACUGGAAGGUUAUACUGAAAAGUGUGUGAUGAACAAUUAUUUUGGAAUUGGAUUAGAUGCUAAAAUCUCUUUGGAAUUUAACAACAAACGUGAGGAACAUCCUGAGAAAUGCAGAAGCCGGACCAAGAAUAUGAUGUGGUAUGGUGUGCUUGGUACCAAAGAGUUACUGCAGCGAACCUAUAAGAACUUAGAACAAAAGGUGCAACUUGAGUGUGAUGGACAAUACAUUCCCCUACCUAGUCUUCAGGGCAUUGCUGUAUUAAACAUUCCCAGCUAUGCCGGAGGAACUAACUUUUGGGGCGGUACAAAAGAGGAUGAUAUUUUUGGUGCACCCUCAUUUGAUGACAAGAUCUUGGAAGUAGUGGCUGUGUUUGGAAGUAUGCAGAUGGCUGUGUCAAGAGUUAUUAAACUCCAGCAUCACCGAAUAGCCCAGUGUCGGUCUGUGAAGAUUACCAUUCUGGGAGAUGAGGGCGUACCGAUACAGGUCGAUGGGGAAGCCUGGAUCCAACCACCUGGGGUUAUCAAAAUUGUGCACAAAAACAGAGCACAGAUGUUGACAAGAGACCGAGCAUUCGAGAGUACUCUGAAAUCUUGGGAAGACAAACUUCGGUAUGACUCCUGCAGGCCUGCUCUUCGGCCACAUCUGUACCCACAGCAGUCUGUGGACCUUGCUACAGAGGAGGAGGCCACUCAGCUCCAGCUCUGUGCUCAAGCAGCUGAGGAAUUAAUCACAAGAAUCUGUGACGCAGCCAAAACCCACAGCCUUCUGGAGCAAGAGCUAGCUCACGCUGUCAACGCGAGCUCACAUGCACUAAACAAAACCCAUCCAAAGUUUCCAGAGAGUCUUACCAGGAACGCAGCGAUUGAGAUAGCCAGCAAUGUGAAAGCACUGCAUAAUGAAACAGAAUCAUUGCUUGUUGGAAGAGUUCCUCUGCAACUAGACUCGCCUCAGGAGGAGCAGUUGUCAACAGCAUUACACCUUGUAGAUGUUGAGUUGGGAAAGCUUGCAGAGAUUCCAUGGCUUUAUCAUGUGCUGCAGCCAACAGCUGAAGAGGACCAUUCACUGGAAUUUGCCAAAAGAAACAGUCGAAGUGCUAUGUUCAGAAUUGUGCCAAAGUUUAAGAAAGAGAAAAGCCAAAGGCAUAAGGCAGCUCCUCAGCCAGUUCAAAAAUGGGGCACAGAUGAAGUUGCUUCUUGGCUGGAGCUGCUCAGCUUGGGAGAAUACAAAGAACGCUUCAUUCGACAUGACAUCCGAGGCUCUGAGCUUUUGCACCUGGAAAGGCGUGAUCUGAAGGAUCUGGGGAUAACGAAAGUGGGCCACAUGAAGCGAAUUCUCCAGGGAAUUAAGGAUCUCAGCAAAAACACUUCCAUGCCAGAAGUGUAGCUGUCCUGGUGCUAUCUCAGAAAAUAGUGGAACAUUGUACAGACUUCUCCGGGGAGUCUGGUGACAUUCUGCAGGUUUUCCGCUCAGUAGGAUUUGUGACCUUGCUGCGUCACAGGGUGCAAUGUUCAGGUGUUUGCUUCAGUUCAUAUAUUCUUUUUCUAACCUUAAACUGUCUUGAGUUUCACUGAGGGUUUUGUGCCAACACAUUGACCCUCAGCAUCCAUUUUAGAUUGUUGUAAUGUGACAAGUCCUAAUAUGCAUCAGUAAACAUUGGUUUACAUUGAACUGCGCAACCCUCCUGGAAACAAGGAUGCUGCAAAAUGGUAAAUAGGUGCAAAAUAUUUCAGGACUUCCUUCUGCGAGGGCUGUGGAUCCAAAAACAGCUUGUUUUAUCACAGUUACAUAUCAAUUUCAUGCAGAUUAAUUGCCUUUAUUGCUUUAGAAGGUGGAAUUGGUUUGUAUCCUGUACAAUAUUUGGAGCAGAUGCUCCUAUCAGUGUUUCUUGACCUGUGAAUACGGUCUAUGGAACAUAUGACUUGGUGACCAAGGCAUCUAAUCCAGACUGAUGUAGGAAGCACAUGCAGUGUAGCAUGCAUGCAGAUUAUACCGCACGGUGUGCCUGCUUGAACUCUUUCUAGGAUUGCAUGACAUAUGCCUAAUGUUUUUUUAAAAAAGAAAAACACUUGAACAAGUUUUAUAUAUGUUUAAUAGAGAAUAACUUAUUAAUGCUGAAGUGUUUGUUAAUGAAAAAUUGUCUCUGCUCCUCAGCUAUAUUUUGCAUGAGUGUAUUUCUUUGGCAAGGACUGGUUCACACAAGACUGUAGGUUUGUGUCACCCAUUCCAGAGAGUGCAGCCGACCCACUUGCUUGAUUAAAGGCAAGUUGAUGACUCUUUAUUCAGGAACUCGGGUCACAACAGGGUAGCUCUCAACAUUAGCAUCUCCAAGAUGGACGUAUUUUUCUAUGUUGUUGUGUGUGCACAGUGUGCAAACACAAACACACAUGUAUUUGCUGGCAAUAUAAAAUUUUGGGAACCUCAUGGACAGGAGAAACAAUUAUUGUAUUUUGACCUCAGCAACCAAUACAGGAAUUUAAUCACAAAAAAACGGGAAUUGCUACUUUAUUUUUUGCCCUUAUUUUAGGUUAAAAAAAUAGCUUUAUGCAUUGUCUGUAAAGCUCUCAGUGAGCUUCCACCAAACAAACCCAGGAAAAUAACAGAAUAGAAAAUAUUUUUUAUAAAACACAAAGGUGUUUUCGUCCUGAUAAACAUUCAGUGAAGAAAGAAACAUGCAUUUAUUUACAGACGGCUACUUUACAGGUGUAAACCUCCGAACCUGACCCUCACCCUGUGUUCCCAGGUGUCCCUUUAUAUGUGCUCAAGUAACCAUAAUUAAUCCCCUCCACAUACUUCCUUAAUCUCAGUUGAUACAGUUAACAAGAAAGAGGACUGCUUCUACUGUGCAGGUUUGUCCAGAGAAUCAAAUAGGAUCAUGCAUAGUUGGAGGGCAGGUUCCCUGCCCCUUUUUUUUGGGAAAAAUCUCUCGUACCAUUUCCUGUUUCACCAUGAUAUUCUCAUUUUUAUGUACAGGACAUAUUCAGUUCCCUUUUGAAAGUUGGUCCUGUAAUGCUUCCAGCAGCCUUCACAACUCACUGAGUUGAGAAAAAAAGUCCUCAUCUCCACCUGCGUGAGGUUUCACCAAUUAUGUUAAACAGUCUUGCUGGAAAUACCUAUUUCUAAGGUUAUCAGAAUUCAUUAUGAUAUUUUGCAAAAUCUGCUACAAACACGGUUAUAGAAGCUGAUGACAACCAGAUCUAUCUUACCAUUGCCUCUCCCGGAUCAUUUACCUUGCUCUGUACAGCCACCUGCUUAUUCAGCGUCCAGUGUACAGCUGUCCUUUCAUCCUAACAGAUGUUAGGACAGUUGGAGCUAUUGCCUUCACUCCAACUGCAUACCUGUACUGUCAAGUCCAUCCCCUAGCUAGCCCAUUUCCUCAGACAAUGAAUAAUCCCAGUAUUUUAUCUAACCCUGAGCCUACAUUUGAUCCUGUCUCCUGUCUAUCACGAAGAAUCACACCCUCACACCUCAGUGGUUUCAUCUUUUCAGCCUUUAACCACCACGUACCUUUUUCUCAAACCUUCAUCACAUCUUGACUCUCCAAAAACUCCAGCAUCUCCAAAUGUCUGCUAUCCUUGAUCUGUUUGACAUCAAAAUAUACCCUGUCAAUGCUAACUCAAUGGAGGUGACCAGUUAGCUCAGUGGGCUGGAUAGUCAAUUUAAGAUGUAUUGUGAUGGUAACAGCACAGUCUCAAUUCCCACAUUACGUGCAAUUACCAUGAAGGUCCUACCUUCUUGAUCUUGCCCCUCGACUGAGGAUGGCAACCAUCAGGUUAAAUUCACUGUCAGUCAUCUCUGUCUGAGAGAGCACUCAUUUAAUCCCCUGGGAUUAUGAUAAUUUUACUGUCUAAAGUUUAAAAUUCCCAUCCUUUAUAAAUCUUGACACAUCCCACCUCACUUCAGGUUAGAGGCUAGGAAUCCUGCAGUGAAUAACUCCCCAAAGCCUGUCCACCACCUGCAAGGUACAAGUCAGGAGUGUGAUGGAAUACUCCCCACUUGCCCUGGAUGAAUGCAGCCCCAACAACACUGAAGAAGCUUGACACCAUCUAGAAUAAAGCAACUUGACUGACAGGAAACCCAUUCACCAUCUUACACAUUCACUCCCUCCAUUGUCUACAAGAUACACUGUAGAAAUUCACCAAGGACUGUACCACCUGAAAGGACAAGGGCAGCAGAUACAUGGAAGCACCACCACCUGCAAGUUCUGCUCCAAACUACUCAACAUUCCUUCAGUGUCACUGGGUCAAAGUCCUGCAACUCCUUAACAGCAUUAUGGGUGUCCCUACACCCCAUGAACUGCAGUGCUUCAAGAAGGCAGCUCACCAGCACUUUUACAAGGGCAGUUAGAGGUGGGCUUUAGUGCAUUGAAGUGAUAAAUGAAAGAAAAUUUGCGAUCUGGAAUUUUCUCCAGCCCUGAAAUAUGCUGUCCCCAAAAUCUAGUGACUCCAAAAUUCUACUUAUCACCAGUUCUGUUCGUUGCAGCUGUACCUUCAGCCUUCCUUCCCAAUCUAAGCACCCCCCCUCCUAAAUCUCUCCAUUUCUUUUUCCCUGGUCAUAUCGUAAAAUCCAAGUCCAUAAUCAAGUUAUUGUCCAUGUCUACUGAAAUCUCUUCCUUUGGCCUUUUAUUUUCUUUAAUCUUCCCAAAGCACCUUGGGCAGUUUCCCUAUUGUGAUGGUGCAGGUUGUUAUGGUUACAACAUUGUGCAUUAUCCUAAUGAUUGCAUAUUUGUCAAAAUGUCUGGAAAAGUCUAUUAUGCAAAUUGGCUUUGGAAUUUCAUCAGAUUUCAAUAGGAACAGUUCUUUGAGCUGAGCUCCUGGCUCUGAACUUUUCGAAACAUGGGCAUGGGUCAGGGGAAGCAAUUUUCAGUUUCUGACCUUGAGUCUUUAAUGUGAACCAGCCUGUAGAGUGGACACUACUUUGCAUCAAGAUUAACAAAUCCUUACUAUGAUAUUUGUUGAUGUUUUCACCGAGCUUGAUUGCAUAAUGCUAUACUUUUUUAAACAUGCAGUGGACCUGCAUCACUAUAUUUAAUGAUAUAUCUAUGCUGCUUUCUUGAAUUGGUGUUAUACUGAUAGAAAAUGUAUUUGUAAAUGAAAGAGGAAAUGGAAUCCGAUGAAUGUGAGGCUGAAGGUUGAAUCGUUAUUACCUUUUGAAUCAUUAUUACCCACGUAACGGUCACGAGCAAUAUCUUUGCCCUCCAUUUUCUAGCAAUGUUGUGGACUAGAUUACAGUCCUGUCUUCUUCAUAGCAUGACUAUGUUCUCUGGAUUUGUUCUGAGAAAGCUUUUAUAUAUCUGCCUCUCUUCCACAUCCACUAACUAAGGAACCAUGUGGUUCUAGUAUUCAGGUUAUCACCAGCACAACAGGGAUGUUAGCUGGUAAGGCAGAGAUUUUGGACAAAUAUCAAAUUGCCCAUCUCCCGCAGUCACUGCACCCAAAUAGUUGGAUGAAGUAUUUAACUGAAGAUUUAGCCAUGCUUGAUAUGGUAUUGAAGUUUACAGACAGGGCCAUGCAGAUCCUAUUCCAACCGUGGUCUUAUUGCAGUGCAGCAAGAGAUAUGGGUGGGUUUAAAUGCAUCGGUUUUUACAAUAGGUCCCGGCGACCCUGAGUUUUGUGGGGGGAGGUGGUUGGUGUAGGAGGAUCUGGAAAUUUAAAGUUUUUGAGAAGAUUUGUAGCUUGUGUGAUGGAAGAGGUUUUAGACUUGUUUGCUGAGCUGGUGGGUUU